AUGCGUGCAUAUAACAAAUCCAGAAUUGUUGGACAACUACUGUUCGUCGCUUUGGGAAUCACUUUUAUUUAUUAUUUGCUUACUCCAUCCGUGCACCAAAGCGAUGCCGUAAAACCUCAAAUACGAAAAGCAAAUACCGAUUCAAUUAUCGUGUACGACAUGAAUGAAAUUACUGCGAGCGCAAAUGCCCGGGAAAAGAAGGAAGAAGUCCUUAUAUUAACCCCCAUUGCUCGCUUUUAUCCCGAAUACUGGGGAAACUUACUAAGGCUUUCAUACCCUCGAAAUUUGAUUACUCUCGGAUUUAUCGUGCCCUCCUCAAGAGAUGGCACCAAAGUUCAUCGUGAGUUGAAAGCUGCUGUCCAAGCUGUCCAAAGGGGUCCUGUGUCACAACGUUUUGCCGACGUUAAAAUCAUGAUUCAGGAUUCUGGCUUGUCGUCUGGACAAUCAGAAACACAACGUCACAAACUUGAGGUGCAAAAGGAGCGCCGUUCCAAACUUGCCUCCGCUAGAAAUACACUUUUGUUUUCAGCUUUGGGACCCAAGACUUCUUGGGUACUGUGGUUGGAUUCGGAUAUUGUCGAAACUCCAGCAGAUCUGAUUGAUGAUAUGACUUCUCUCGAUAAAGACGUGCUUGUCGCAAAUUGUUACCAACGUCAAGGAGAAAAAGUGGUACCCUAUGACUUUAAUAGCUGGAUAGACUCCGAACCAGCUAAAGAACUCGCUAGCAAAAUGAGUAAAGACGAAAUUUUGUUAGAGGGAUAUAGAGAGUUCGCAACAUUUCGUACCUUGAUGGCCUACUCUUACGAUGAACAUGCUGACAAGAGAACGCUGAUGAAAUUGGACGGUGUAGGCACUACUGCUUUAAUGGUAAAAGCUGCCGUCCAUAGAGAUGGCGCUGUGUUCCCCACUUUUCCCUUUUAUCAUUUAAUUGAAAGUGAAGGAUUUGCAAAGAUGGCAUCACGUCUGAAAUAUGAUAUUUAUGGUUUGCCAAAUUAUUUGGUUUUCCAUUAUAAUGAGUAG